AUGGCUACUGCAAGGACGCCGCUUCGCUCGUUACUCAGAGCGUCUCAGCUUUUGCGGCCGAGGCAGCCGUGGAGCUGUACAUCGCGCAGGCAUGGAUGGACAAUCCCCCGGCGCGGACUUGCAUCUGGGCCGCCAAAGUCCGACAAGCCUUAUUAUGUGACAACGCCAAUUUUCUACGUUAAUGCUGCCCCUCAUGUCGGUCAUUUAUACACAAUGGUCAUCGCCGAUAUCAUGAAACGGUGGCAGGUCUUGCUCGGAAACACUGAUGCUCAGCUAUUGACUGGAACGGAUGAGCAUGGAAUGAAGAUUCAACAGGCUGCGCACCGAGCGGGCAUGGACACCCAGGCAUUUUGCGACAUGAACUGCCGGACUUUUGAGGCACUAGCAAAGGCUGCAAACCUCGACAACGAUCAUUUCAUCAGAACUACCGACCCGGCGCAUCGAGAUGCUGUCCAAUAUUUCUGGGAAAUGUUGCAACAUCGUGGGUAUAUCUAUACCUCCAAACACGAGGGUUGGUACUCGGUCAGUGAUGAGACAUUCUACCCGCAAACGCAAGUACAAAACUCCCUGGACCCAUCAACAGGGAGGAAGCGCAUGGUCUCAAUAGAAACUGGUAAAGAGGUGGAGUGGUCAUCAGAAACCAAUUAUCACUUCCGUCUCUCAGCGUUCAAGGAUCGCCUACUUGAAUUGUACAAGAGAGAAGAUCCAUUCAUUUCCCCUACAUCAUACACAGCUGCUGUGGUCAACUCUGUUGAGACGGGACUGCAGGAUCUCUCUAUUUCUAGACCCACGGAACGUCUCACCUGGGGCAUCCCUGUUCCCGGUGAUGAUACGCAGACAAUCUACGUGUGGCUUGAUGCUCUGGUCAACUACUUGACUAAAGCCGGAUAUCCUUUCCCCCCGGGACAGGAGAAUAAUUCUGCAUGGCCCGCGGAUUUGCACAUCGUUGGCAAAGACAUUGUUCGAUUCCACUGCGUCUAUUGGCCUGCUUUCCUCAUGGCACUUGAUCUUCCUUUGCCUCGCAACGUCUUGGUGCACGGACACUGGACGAUGAAUCGCGAAAAAAUGUCCAAAUCCACCGGCAAUGUUGUGAACCCCUUUUUCGCCAUUGAGCGGUUCGGAGUUGAUGGCAUGAGAUUUUUCCUAGCUUACCGUGGCGGUCUUGCGGAUGAUGCGGACUUCGACAAUUCCUUUAUCAUCCGAGACUACAAGAAAUUGCUUCAGGGGGGCAUCGGAAACCUUGCCCAGCGCACAAUCGGAUGUGCGCGUGGCAAUUUGCGCUCAUACAUUAUGGAUGCCGUCUCGGAUAAGCUUCCAGCAGCCACCCCUGAGGACCUUGAACAUCAAAACAUCUUGGAGCAGACACCGACCAAGGUUGCCGAGCAUAUGGAGAACUUGAAUCCCCGCGCCGCACUGCAAGAAACCAUGAACAUCAUCGAAAAGACUAACAAAUACUUCCACGCGGCGGAGCCGUGGAAAACUCCCAACCCCCAACGAGUUCUCUACAAUGUGGCGGAAUCGCUGCGGAUCAGUGCCAUUCUACUGCAACCCUUCAUGCCCGGCAAGUCUCAUGACCUUCUAGAAAUGCUCCGUGUAGAUACCUCGGACCCCUCCAAGCGGGCCUUUGCGGCCACGGCGUACGGUUCGGAUUCAGAUUACGGCGAAGGUGUUAAGAAGGGUAUUCUUUUCCCUCCUUUGCUCACUGAGGAGUAA